CGCUCGUGCCACAAAAACCACAGCGCCCGUGCUGUCACUCAGUCAAGAUGGAGUUGUAUAUGGAUCUUCUCUCGCAGCCGUGCCGCUCCGUGUUCAUGUUUGCCAAGUUGAACGCGAUUCCCUUCGACUUCAAGAUGGUCGACCUGGCCAAAGGGGAGCAAUAUGGCGAAGAGUUUGGGAAGAUAAGCCCCGUACGGAAAGUUCCGGUCAUGAAGGACGGCGACUUCAUCCUGACGGAGAGCGUGGCCAUCCUUCAGUACUUGGCUGAGAAGCACGCAUCCCGCAUUCCUGACCACUGGUAUCCAGCCGAUCUGCGGCAGCGGGCGCGGGUCAAUGAGUAUUUGUCCUGGCAGCAGAUGAACCUGCGAGCCCACGGGUCAAAGGUUUUCCUGCUCAAGAACAUGUACCCGCUAGUGAUGGGCCAGCCGGUCCCCAAAGACAAGAUGUCGUCAGUCGUGGAGGAACUGAGCCAGACCGUGGACGUGCUGGAGAAGUAUUUCCUGGGUGAAAAUUUGUUCCUGUGUGGCGCCUCCAUCUCGUUGGCUGACCUGGUGGCCGUGGCUGAGAUCAUGCAGCCAGUGAGCAGUGGCGUGGACGUGUUCUCAGGGCGCCCCAAGCUGUCUGCGUGGCGCGAGCGGGUGAAGGAGGAGGUUGGCGUUGCACUCUUCGAUGAGGCCAACGCCGCCAUCAUGACGAGCGGCGGCGUGGCUCAGUCGCUGCGCGAGGCAGGACUGCCCCAAAUCUUCAAGGACAAAUUCAAGAAAACUUUCUCGUGAAUGUCAAAAUAAUAAAUAAACAAACACUAAUUUUUAAAAGACUUGUUAUGAUCAUACAGUAACGAUGGCACCAUUUUGACUGCGCUUCAACAUGUAACAGGUUUCUGUUGAUUGUUACCCUGAUCAGUUGUUGUUGAUUUUUUUUUUAUGUAUAAAAAUUGAAUUUUGGGUUUUUUCUAUGUCUGUGUCAUCCAGGCCACGGUCCGGCAUCUGGAUUCUUGUGGUUUAAUUAAUUUUUGUGAUAUUUCUUUUUUUCCAAAAGCAUUCCAAAAUGGGGUAAUUACGUUAUUAGGCUUACAAUAUAAUAAAUGCAUCUAAAAUAA